GUUACAACAAAAUGUGAGUUUCUAGCUAGAUUGUAAGGAAAGUUUGAUCCAAAGUGCUAAAUGUCAUGUGUUAGCACCUAUUCACAUAAUCUAAAUAGAUUUAGCAGAUUAAUUUUAGUUUUCACGGCACAAACAGCUGUUGUUAUUUAGCUACAGUAGCUAGCUAGCCAGCUUGCUGGUGGAGUUAGCUUGCUAGUUAGAUAGACUUUUAGCUAGCUAGCUAGUUAAAGCAGCAAUCGGCGGUGGAAACAAUAACAAAGCGAACUCCCCACCACUGUUUCGGUAUAAAGCGGGUGUAUGGGGCUUGAGAAUUGUUAACGCUCGCAAAUUCAAAGACAGGACUGACCAUCCAUGAUAUCAAAAAAAGUUUGCAGUAUAACUGAAGAUGAAUGUGGGUGUGGCUCACAGUGAGGUGAACCCCAACACGCAGGUAAUGAACAGCAGAGGGAUCUGGCUGGCAUACCUACUGCUGGUCACCAUGCUGCACGUUAUCCUGUUGAGCAUCCCUGUCCUCACAGUGCCCCUUGUCUGGACCCUCACAAAUGUCAUCCAUAAUCUGGUGAUGUACUUGUUUCUGCACACGGUGAAAGGAACUCCUUUUGAGACACCAGACCAGGGCAAAGCUUGUUUACUCACACACUGGGAACAGAUGGACAACGGCAUCCAGUUCACAUCCUCACGCAAAUUCCUCACCAUCUCACCCAUUGUACUGUAUAUUCUAGCCAGUUUCUACACCAAGUACGAUGCCACGCAUUUCCUGGUCAAUACAGGCACUCUCCUCAGUGUCCUCCUUCCAAAGCUGCCCCUGUUCCAUGGAGUACGAAUAUUUGGGAUCAAUAAAGGACCUGAGUCCUAGGACAAUGCCUCAGGACUAACUGGCCUGAUGAACCCUGGCAGUCCCCGCCCCCAAUCCACCUGGUCGCGCUGCUCAUCCAGGUUCUGCCAUUCUGCCUGCAGUUAUGGAACCUGGACCUGUUCACCGGACGUGCUACCUUGUUCAGGACUUGCUGUUUCGACUCUCUCUCUACCGCACCUGCUGUCUCGACCUCUGAAUGCUCAGAUUUGAAAAGCCAACUGACAUAUACAGAUGGUGCAAAAGGUCAGCACCUCAGAUGUAACAUGGGUGUCACAAUCAUUCCAUGGAGGGCGAAGUGUCUGCUGGUUUUAGUUUUUUCCUUUCAAUUAAGACCUAGACAACCAGGUGAGGGGAGUUCCUUACUAAUCAGUGACCUUAAUUUAUCAAUCAAUUACAAGGGAGCAGAAAAAACCUGCAGACACUCAGCCUUCCAUGGAAUGAAUUUGACACAUGCUCUAUAAAUCACUGUGAUUAUUUGACUCUGCUGGUGAUCUACAAACUUUUGAACAUCUUGAAGAACAAUCCGGCUUUAUGUACUUUUCAUGUACUCUAAAUAAUUUCCAUCUGGCACAGCCAGAAGAGGACUGGCCACGCCUCAGAGCCUGGUUCCUCUCUAGGUUUCUUCCUAGGUUCCAGCCUUUCUAGGGAGUUUUCCUAGCCAUUGUGCUUCUACAUCUGCAUUGCUUGCUCUUUGGGGUUUUAGGCUGGGUUUCUGUAGAAGCACUUUGUGACAACUGCUGAUGUAAAAAAGGAUUUAUAAAUAUAUUAGAUGGAUAUGAAACCUAUAAAUCUCAGUCCAAACAAAACAUGAAACUAACUAAGAACAUAACAAUGUAGACGUGUCACACAACGUCAAAGAAAGGUUAUAAUACUUGCAAUGGUACACUUACACAUUACUGUUUUUAUUCCCGUACAUUUUUAAAAUGAUAUAAAUUCAGGCUCAAUGGCUAUAAACAUCGUGCUUUAAAUACCAAAAUAUGAAUUUCUUCCCAAACAGA